UUAGCUAGUUGCGAAUGUUAUAUACUCACAUUUCACUACAAGCCUGCAAGUUGUAACAUCAAAGUAAACCAACAAAAUUCACCUUCUUAACAAUGUCGAAUAGUACUACAAGUUUCCUCUAUUUUCGUUUCAACAGUUUUAGAAAGUCAUCGUCCAAAUCUAGCCCAUCAUUUAACCUGUCAAAGGUAAAGAACACGCCAAGCAUGUCGUUGCCUAAUCUCCGUCCAAAAGCGGAGGAAAUGAAAAGGGUGUUUGACAAAUUUGACACUAACAAAGAUGGGAAGAUCUCACAAGAAGAAUACAAAUCAGCCAUGAAGAUGAUGGGCAGUGGAGGAAAUACGAAAACUUAUGACGUUGGCGAUGCAUUUCAGGCUGCAGAUACUGAUGGGGAUGGAUUCAUUAAUUUUGAGGAGUUCAUGAGAGUGCAGAAUCUUGAAGGUGGUGUGAAUCCAACUGAUAUUAAAAGCGCUUUCGAGGCAUUUGAUUUGGAUGGUGAUGGCAAAAUUAGUGCAGAGGAAUUGUUGCAGGUUCAGCGAAUGCUAGGAGAAAAAUGUAGCUUGGAGAAUUGCAAGAAAAUGGUGAGAGGUGUUGAUGCCAAUGGGGAUGGACUUAUAGAUAUGGACGAAUUUGUGACCAUGAUGACGCGCACCAUGAAACUAGUCUAGAGUCCAGGGAUCGAUUCACUCUGUGUAGAUUGAUUUACUUUCUUCCUAAUUGCCUUGUUUGCAAAUAAAAUAUCAUGUUUACUGAUAUUUGAGUUGUUAUGCUAAUUGAAUUUCAAAAAGGACUACCAAGAAAGAUAUAGAGGUUC